GGCGAGGAAGCACCUGCUUCCAACAAGGAGGUGGAGAAAAUGCUCUCAUGAAAACGUCCAACUCCAGAGGUUGGCACAGACACUUGUGCAGGAGGUUGGAAGACUCUGAGAUUAUGCACAGGUUAUUUUGAUAAUGUUGAUUGGGGAAAGUUCGCCUAAUGCUUUGUGGUUUUUCUUGUUUUGUUUCCAGCAGGAGAGGCUGUAGUGUGACCGAAAACACUCACAGUAACAUUUUGAGUGUAUUCUUGCUGGAGUUAUUACAAGUCAGUGAUAGGUGUGCGUCUCGCCUUUGUGUUUGCUGAACAAUGAUGAUAUUUCCUUCCUCUUUAUCUGUGUCGCAUUUGAAUGCACCACAAACUGUUGCCAGAGUUCCCUGCCCCUGGAUGGGCGAUGUGUUUUUAUCAGACAGCCCCGGAGCGCAAUCGGGAGUGCAGGACCUUUGAGAAGACGCCUCUGGACUGAAAUGUUUGUGGACUUGGAAGAUAGAGCCAACUUAUUUUUGGGAGAGAAGUGACAGAGGCGCGCAGACAGCGGCAUCAUCAGCGGGAAAAAAGUUGGACAGAAAGUACACUUUCUGUAAGGAAACUGAUGCGCGUAAGAAGGGAUGCCAGCCAGGCGUGGCUUGUGCUUAAACAUCCAAUGUGAGAAUGCGUGGGGAGUAUGUAUAUAAUAGAGGCUUUCCAUCUGAUAAACAGAGAUAUCAAAGUGAUCAUUAUACCAAAGAGGGUCAAUAAAGUGAGAGGACGCUGCUGAUUCGGAGUAGCACCACGCGCCGGGUACGCUUUGUGCGUGCAUGGACCGGACUUGUUCAAACUUUUUCUCCUGUUUGAGUUACCAUAUAGACUACAUUUUAAAUGCCGUCGCUUAAUCUGACAGCUGUGCACACAAUGGCAGAGGUCGGGAGUUUUCUGGGGACAAUCGACCUGGAUUUACAAACCUUUCCUGCACUCGGGACUAUGCCCCUGCCGGAGUCUCCGGUGGGCUUAAAUGAGCGGCUGGGGCAGAUUGAGGGGAGGCUGCAGCGGGGGUCGCCGACGGAUUUCGGGCAUCUUAAAGGGAUCCUGAGGCGGCGGCAGCUCUACUGCAGAACCGGCUUCCAGCUGGAGAUAUUCCCCAAUGGGACAGUGUAUGGGACGAGACAGGACCACAGCAGGUUUGGCAUCCUGGAGUUCAUCAGUCUGGCAGUGGGUCUGGUCAGCAUCAGAGGGGUGGAUGCCGGACUCUACCUUGGCAUGAAUGAGAAGGGAGAGCUCUAUGGGUCGAAGAAGCUGACAGCAGAGUGUGUGUUCAGGGAACAGUUUGAGGAGAACUGGUACAACACCUACGCUUCAACUUUGUACAAGCACACAGACACGGGACGUUUCUACUACGUGGCCUUAAACAAGGAUGGCUCGCCCAGGGAAGGCAGCAGGACUAAAAAACACCAAAAGCUCACCCACUUCUUACCCAGGCCGGUGGAGAUUGAGAAGAUCCCUCAGGCAUACAGGGACUUAUUCCAGUACAGGUGACAAGAGCUUACUCCAGGAGAACUGGUUACAAUCGGAGGAACAGAUAGAAAAGAAGAGGAGAGAGGGGGUGUUGUGGAUACUUGGACCCCGUACAGAAUUGUUUACCCUCAACUCCCCCUGAGGUCACUGUGUUUACACCUCAGCCCACCGCCAAGCACGUUACAGCACUGACAUAAACAUUGCGCAUGUUCCUGGAUGCUGCUGCUUCAGUGGACUUGUGACCUCAGAAGAGGCGGGACAGUCGUUUCAUAAAACCACUGAGGACAUGGACGGAGGAGGCCUACAUGCGAUCAGUAUGAUCCAAUCAGGUGCCAUGUUUUCUCCAUAACCACUUUUUUUCUGAGGGAAAUGAGUAGAAACUCAAGCAACAUGCAAAGACAAGUGGAGUCAUGGUCCUUGGCAGUUAUGAGUAGCACUAAGCUGGAGUGGGAGUAAAAUGAAUGAUGAACACCAGGAAGAGACUUUUGAAGAGCUCCAAAUGGUGGAAAGCACUGCAGAUGUCACAUUGUGCAUUUGUUAAAAAUACACAACCACAAUGACGUUAAAUGUAAGAAAGGGCACAUUCCAGAUAAAGAGAAAUAUUUAGGAGAAGAAGGGCCAGAAAUGUAUAAAAACAAUUGUGCUGCAUGCAUGUAAGUGACGGGUUGGGACAGUAGGGAAUCUGUAGGUAGACCAUCUUUAAGGCAGAGCAGGUUUUUCAUUAAGCUGUCAAAACUAAAGAUGGAAGAGGGGUGUUAAAUCAAAAAAGACAAAGGUGUGAUAGAUGAAACAGCACUUACUGCACAUCAAAAAUCCCGGCUUCUAUAUGGUGUUAUCAUCAGAGUAUCAUUCAUCACAUUUAAAUAAGAGAUCAAGUCACGUCUUGUAGGAAUCGAAUGCAAAACAGGUGAUAAAGCUCGGGACAAAAGCACUUCCAUGACUGUGGCUGUAAGAAGAAGUAGUUGGGUGUCUUUUUAAAAGAUGGUGACUUGUAAUGUUCAGAGUGACAGGAACAUUAUUAAAAAUGCAAGCAGCUGAGGUGUACAUAUGGGUGAUCCUAUUUAUGAGAUGUACAAUAUAUUUAUUUUCUACAUAUAAAGUAUAAAUAUAAAUCUAUAUAUUUAUUUAUUGCAAAGACUUUAUUUUGUAAUGAACUUGAAGUUAUCUGGACUGUAGAUUCUACUGAAAUUAUACCAAAAAUCACAACAACAGAAAAACUGCUAUGAUCAUGACAAUAAAAUUGUCCUGAUUUCUAGAGCUCUUUGUGAGAGACUAUUUUUGCUUGGAUAAACAUCUGAUGUACCAAUUAA